GCGGAACCGGCGGACCGAUCUAUGAGAAAGUCAUGUGAUCCGGCUUCCGUCCAAUUUCGAUCCGCCAGCGACCUCGCACUCAGCAGUGAGCAUCUUGCUCUGUGCAACGCCCGACAUGCUACUCAACUCCCUCCGACAAUGCGCACGCGCGAUGUCCACGGCGACGCAGCCCUAUCCUUUUUCCAAACUGGCCAAAAUCCCACCCGUUCUGCCCAGCACGAGCACCAUGCCUCGCGAGCCGUUGCUAAAGGGCAAAGGCCUCAUGCAGCAUCUCACCGAGACGUUGGCAACACCUCAAAAACGAAACUGGCUCCACACAUACUUCGCACGAAGGCAUCCCUUGCGAAUUCACCCCGGAUCCGUCUUAACCGUUGGUCUGGCUCAUGCGCCUACGAUCUUUUCCGGGGUGCUCCUGUCGGUGCGAAGGCGCGGGUUGGACACGUCUUUUGUCCUCCGCAACGUGAUCAACCGGACAGGAGUGGAGAUGCAAUUCUAUGUAUGCUCCCCGCAUCUCAAGAGCAUUAAGAUCUUGCAGCGGGCCGCCACGAAGACGUCUAGGUCGGGCCCCAGAAUCCGUCGCGUGAAGCUCUACUACCUCAGGGAUUCGCCGGAGAAGAUGACUGCUAUCUCAGCAGGCGUGCGAGGCUAGACGAGCGACAGUGCGAGAAGGUGUGUUGCGUGAUUUGCGUCCCAUACGGUUGUCUCACACCCCGAU